AAGCGACCCUCCUGCACGGUGCAUAUCUCGGCGCACGUCCUCUGGUGGGGGUUGGACGCACAUUAGGGGGGUGAAUACAACUUUAAUCUACAAAUUCCAUCAUGGCAGCGACAUUAGUGCGUUCCAUUGUAAAGAAGAGGGUUCCUCUUCAGGUGGGACGCAUAUGCUACUCCUCCUCUGUGCCCACCACCAAGUUGUUCAUUGAUGGAAAGUUUGUUGAAUCCAAGAGUUCACAAUGGCUGGACAUUCACAAUCCUGCCACCAGCGAGGUCAUUGGUCGAGUGCCGAAGGCCACACAGGAGGAGAUGUUGGCAGCUGUGGACUCGUGCUCACGGGCCUUCCAAACCUGGUCCGAAACAUCCAUCUUGGCCCGUCAGCAGAUCUUCUUUCGCUAUCAGCAGCUCAUUAAAGACAAUAUUAAAGAGCUGGCCAAGCUGAUAACCCUGGAGCAGGGUAAAACACUGGCUGAUGCUGAGGGCGAUGUUUUCAGAGGACUGCAGGUGGUCGAGCACACCUGCAGCAUCACAUCCCUGAUGCUGGGCGAGACCCUUCCCUCACUCACCAAAGACAUGGACACAUACACAUACCGGCUGCCCAUUGGCGUGUGCGCAGGCAUCGCCCCCUUCAACUUCCCUGCCAUGAUUCCUCUGUGGAUGUUCCCAAUGGGCAUGGUGUGCGGAAACACCUAUUUAUUGAAGCCUUCAGAGCGGGUGCCCGGCUGCACCAUGAUGCUGGCCAAACUGCUGCAGGACGCCGGCGCUCCAGACGGAACAUUAAACAUAAUUCACGGACAGCAUGACGCUGUAAACUUCAUCUGCGACCAUCCUGCCAUAAAAGCCAUCAGUUUCGUAGGCUCCAACCAGGCUGGCGAGUAUAUCUAUGAGAGAGGCUCCAAAAAUGGCAAGAGAGUCCAGAGCAACAUGGGGGCGAAGAAUCACGGUGUAAUUAUGCCUGAUGCCAACAAGGAGAACACGCUGAACCAGCUGGUAGGUGCUGCAUUUGGAGCCGCAGGUCAGAGGUGUAUGGCACUUUCCACUGCUAUCCUCAUUGGAGAAGCCCGCGACUGGUUGCCUGAAUUGGUUGAACGCGCAAAGAGUCUACGUGUCAAUGCAGGUGACCAGCCUGGAGCCGAUGUGGGACCCCUCAUCUCACCGCAGGCCAAAGAACGCGUGAACAGCCUCAUUCAGAGUGGGGUGGAUGAAGGAGCCAAGGUGCUGCUCGAUGGCAGGAAUGUGAAGGUCAAGGGUUACGAAAAUGGAAACUUUGUAGGACCAACCAUCAUCAGUAACGUCACGCCGGAGAUGACAUGCUAUAAGGAGGAGAUUUUCGGACCGGUGUUGGUUGUUCUGGAGGCUGACAGCUUGGACGAUGCCAUCAAAAUCGUCAACAAGAACCAAUAUGGCAAUGGAACCGCCAUCUUCACCACCAAUGGUGCCGCAGCACGUAAAUACUCCCACGAAGUGGAUGUUGGACAGAUCGGAGUUAAUGUACCGAUCCCAGUCCCGCUGCCUAUGUUCUCAUUCACCGGUUCCAGAGGCUCCUUCAGGGGCGACACCAACUUCUAUGGAAAACAAGGCAUUCAGUUCUACACACAGAUCAAAACUAUUACCUCACAGUGGAAGGCUGAAGAUGCUACGCUCAAGUCCCCUGCUGUUACCAUGCCAACAAUGCGUUAGGUUUUAAUCACAAGUAUAAAUUCCACCGUCCGUCUAUAGGUUUUAACUACUGUACAGUUGUUUUCAAAACAAUCUGAUUUUCCACAGUUAAAUUCGUAUAUGCAGUUAAAUAAUGUGAUUUCUUUUUUUCUUCACUUUAAGUAAAAAAAAAUAAUGAAAAUCAACCAAAUGUAGCACUGAUUGAUUUAGACCAGGAAGUUUCAGUUUAAUGAGGACUCCAUGUUCACCACUAGGUUUACUGUGUGUUUGGAUGAGCUAUACUAUCUGCAACUCGUUGUCUCUUCUGAGCUGUUAAACUAGCAGUAUCUCUAGUUCAAUUUGAAUGUGUGUCUAAAUAUGCAACAUUUGUAAACGGUUGUUGAAAAGUUCUGGACUGUUUGCCUCAAUAAAUAUGACAAUGCA